AUGACGUGCCAAGCCAUCAGUGCUGCCUGGAGAGACCAGGGGAGGCCGAAGCACACCCGAUGUAAGGGAGCGGGUGCCGCGGGGCUGUGGCACGUCCAUGGACGGCUCGCGGGGUUCCUGCGGGGCAGGAGGCAGGAGGCGCCCCGGGAUGUGGCAGGGGAGCAUCCCGGGGGACAGGGCGGGGGCGCCUUCCUCACCCUCCCGUUGUCGCCCCCUCCUCCCCUCCCCCGGCCGCGCAGCCUCUCCCCCAGCCCCAGCCGCAGCCGCAGCCCACCCACCGCCGCCAGCCGCCCGCCCCGGCUCCGGCAGCUGCUGCGGCUGUGCUCGGCGCCGCCCCCGGGCUCCCCCGCCGCCGCUCGGGCUCUCCGCGCCGCCGCCGCCGCCGGGCUGCUGGGGCCCGGCGGGGCGGGGGGAGGGCGGCGCUGGGGCUUCCAGGCGCUGUCCCUGGUGCUGCUGCUGGGGCAGGGCGCGCUGCUGGACCUCUACCUGAUCGCCGUCACCGACCUGUACUGGUGCAGCUGGAUCGCCACCGACCUGGUGCUGGCGGCCGGCUGGGGCAUCUUCUUCUGCCGCAACAGCCGGGCGCGCCGCCGGGAGCGGCCCCCGCCGCCCCCCGGGCCGCCGCCGCCGCACCCGCUGCUGCUGCACGGCCCCCCCGGCGGCCGCGGGGCCGGGGGACGCGGGGCCGGGGUCCCCCCCCGCGGCGGCGACUUCGCCUACGCGCACCUCGCCUGGCUCAUCUACUCCAUCGCCUUCACGCCCAAGGCGGCGCUGAUCCUGGGCACCUCCAUCCUGGAGCUGAUCGAGCUGCGCCUGCCGCUGGGCACCACCGGCUUCCGCAUCACCCUGGCGCUGUCCGCGCCGCUGCUGUACUGCCUGCUGCGGGCCAUCGGCACCGAGGGCGCCGGGCAGCUGCUCCUGCCGCCGCAGCCGCCGCCGCAGCACCGCGCCGCCGCCGCCUUCCUCGCCACCUGCCUCGACCUGCUCGACAGCUUCUCCCUGCUGGAGCUGGUGCUGCAGCCCGGGCGGCCGGCGCCGCUGCCCGCCCCGCUGCGCUACCUGCUCAUCGCCGUCUACUUCCUCUGCCUGGCCUCGCCGGUGCUGUGGCUGUACGAGCUGAGCGCCGCCCGCCCGCCCGGCGCCGCCCGCCUCGCCCUGCACCUCCUGCUGCCCGCCGGGCUGCUGGACGCGCCGCUGCUGGCGCUGCGCUGCCUCCUGCUCCUGCGCUACCAGCAGCCGCUCUCCCUCUUCAUGCUCAAGAACCUCUUCUUCCUGACCUGCCGCGGCCUGGAGGCGCUGGAGACCUGCUGCCUCCUCCGGCCCGCCGCCGCCCCGCCGCCCGCCAAGUACGGCCCGGCCGCCGCCGCGCCCGCCGCCGCCCCGCUGGCCCACGGGCUCUCCGACGUGGACGUGGGGCCCCACGGGUACGUGAACGCCUUGGCGGUCACCGCCCAGGGCUGAGCCCCCGGGCCCGCUCCCGGCAGAGAAUCUGUCUCUGCGUUCUGCUCAGGUUCCCUCCGCCGUGGCCGAGCAGGGGAAGGGGACGUGGGUUUCCCCGUCGGACUCCCGUUCCCCUCCUCCCUUCCUCAUGGACAAAUCCAGCAGCGGAAGCUCCGCACAAACCCGACUACCUGCAGGAGCCUACGGGUGACGCUUGUCCCCGGAAAACGCACCUGUCCUUCAUGACAAGACUUCUUCCAGUGCUUCUGCAUCUCCGCUGUCUGGAGGGUCCCACUCUUCCCCCCCCUCCCGGGACAUUGUGUUGCUUUGUCACAGAAAAGGUUCAGUUUUUCCUUUUCAUCCUCAACAGGGACCAGUGCAUUUGUCCCCUCCUUUAAGAACUCCUGCUGACCACAAUAACGAGAUGUAAGAGAGGCCUGACCAGCAGAUGUUGCCUCCAGAAGGACAGAAGGAAGCACGCUUUGGUUUCCCUCGGUCCUGCAAAGCUGCUGCCAGUGUUUCCCAGGCCUUUGUGUACAGCUAAGGAACCUCUGGAAGCACGCUGGCCACUCGGUCACUUCAGCCCAUGAGCCACCUUCUCCUAGCCAAAAUGUCUACCUCUGUGCGUCAACCUUUUGCAUCUUACAUUGACUUCACACGCUAAAGAAACCAGUCCAGCAUGGACACAAACCAGGGCUUAGGCCCCAUUUCAUACCCACCAAGACAUUUAUUUCUGGUGAGAACAGGGUUUACAGCAGCCUCCUGCUGGCAUCCCCACGUGCUGGGGCUCUCAUUUCUCUGUGAAUAUGCAUGUUUACGGGAUCACCGUUGGUUUUCUUUUACACGGAGCGUAGGGUCUUCCUUUCCACAGCCAGAAAGGCUGGAAAAUUUCCUCUGGCCCCCUUCCAUGCCUGCUGGAGAGAGCAGAGAUGGGGCUGAGCCUGCAGAGUGCCCCCUCUCCAGGAGCAGAGCAGAGCAGAGGACGCUGGCACUGCUCGGGGUGGGCUCCAUGCUCAGUGAACCAAACAUUUCAGCACAGAAAAAGCAAAGUGCUGCUGGAGCCCUCGGGCCACAGGGGCUCUCGAGCGUUGGUGAAAGCCCAUGGAUCAGCAUCCUGUCCUCUGUGUGCAUGUGGUUUAGGGUAGGUGGGGAAAAAUUGUUAGUAGCCUCUCAUAGGAACACAGUUUUCUUUGGUUUGAAGCUCCAUGAAUGUUGGGUGGGGUUAAGGCCUGCUCUUCUGCCUGGCUGCAGCUGCUCCUGAAACCUGCCCAUGGAAGGAGGAGCACACAGACCACGUCUGGAGGAAGGACUUUGCCCCUCCCAGGCUUAUCUUUUGUUAUCUGGGCAAGGCUGCAAUAAUUGUGAAAAACAAGUUUCCUGUUGCAAGUUUUUUUUUUUUCUUUCUUUUUUUUUCAAGCUGUCCUGAUGGGAAGGGGAAAUAAAGCACAACCAACUGCUACCCACAGCAGGACUGCAGGUGCAGCCCAGGCUUCUUCCGCACACACAUUUAUUCUUUCUUUCAGGGCUUGGGCUUCAGAGCCUCUGUCCCACCUUCCUUGUCACAGAGUGGGAUCAACUGCCUGCUCCGGUGGACUGCUACAACAAAAUGUUUACAGUCUGGUAAUUCCAGCUCCAGAGGCAGAGGUGGGGCUGCCAUGGGGCUCCUCUCCCCCAGCUCUCGGUGGCUGAUGGGCUUUGAGGGGCUGGAAAAGCCCCAGGAAAAGAUGGGUCAAUAGUGCUGUUCUGUUCAGAAGUGCAGCUAGGAUGGGUGACUCGCUGCUCUCCUCGUGCCAAAUGGAGAGCUGGCAAAAGCUAGGCUUAAUUUUCCCACCAGUGCUUUAUUUUUAACCUGAGCCCUUUCGUGGGCAGUUGUGUGAAUUUUGGCCAGUGGCCUUUCUCUUCGGUAACUUCUUCUUGUCUGGACAAUCUUGGUGCUGUGAGUGACUGUGAUUGUAAAACUUGGUACUGUGAACUUUUCCUAUGUGAUGUGAAAUGUGUUGAGGGGAUGCUAAGUUCCUGGCCAAAGGAGGUGUAAUUACAGGCAUAUUCUGCUUGUACAGAUAUUUGUUUCCUUGCACCUUC